CGAAUUCAAUCACCACAUUGUGAAAUUUUGUAAUCAUGAAGGCUGUUGUUUCUUUGUGCAUUUUCGGUGUCGCGCUGGUAGCAGCCGCCCCCACGUUAAAGGAUGGGCCUGUGCCACAGCCCAGGGAAGCGGCGAUGUACAACACGCAGCCGCAAAUUCUUCGGGAGAAGAGGUCCCAGUAUCCGCAAGCUGGAGGAUACGGAAGCGCCUAUGCCUCGCCGUGUGGAGGUAUCCCCCUGCCCCUCGCCCCGCUGCCAGCGCCACUGCCUGCCCCGUCACCCUAUCUCCAGCCAACCCAUGGCUACGGACAUGGCUACGCGGCCCCUCAUCCAUACGGCUACGGCGUGCCUCACUACCGCUCUGAUGAUAUGGCCGAUAUGGGAGGAGAACAGGAGUUCUUCCCAGACAUGGACAACAUGAUGACGGAGCAUAUUCCCAUGGCCAGAUAUGGAGGAUACGGCGCUGCUCCUGUAGCCCACAUUGGGGGAGGCCUUGCUGGGUUAGCUCAGCUGGCGCCUGCCGGAGCUGCUGGCCCUGCCUUUGGAGUGUUCCCUAACGCAAACGUCGGAGGGUGUAAUGUCCCGCUAUUGUUGAGCUGUUCGCCGUCCAUAGUGCCCGGUAAGCUGGUGAAAUCUGGGUACGGCGGAGGAUACGCUAUAGCGCCGGCCAAUGCCUACAGAGUGGUAGACGAGCCGCAGGCGGAGUCUCAUGAGGAGCAACUGCACGAAGAACACGAGCCUGCGCAUGAUCAGGUGACGUCAGUCAGUGACGCCACCCACGCUAAUACCCACCACCAGUAAAUGUAGCUUUAAGGUCUAGUUCUGUUAUGAAAUGAAUUUCUAUGAAAUUUUGUUGUAAUGUAGGGACGUAAUUUAUUAGAAAUUAUUAAAUUAAGAUGUUUAAAUGAA